AUGCCGAAUUUAUCCGUUGUCCGCCUCCGAUGCGGGUAUACGUUGUCCGAUGCCGAAUUUAUCCGUUGUCCGCCCCUCCUCCGAUGCCAUCCGUUGUCCGCCCCUAUACUCCGAUGCCGGUUGUAUCCGUUGUCCGCCCUCCUCCGAUGCCCAUUGUCCGUCCUCGAUCCACGUUGUCCGCCCUCCUCCGAUGCCGAUCCGUUGUGCCCUCCUCCGAUGCCGAAUUUAUCCAUUGUCCGCCCUCCUCCGUUGCCGAAUUUAUCCGUUGUCCGCCCUCCUCCGAUGCCGAAUUUAUCCGUUGUCCGCCCUCCUCCGAUGCCGAAUUUAUAUGUUGUCCGCCGAAUUUAUACGUUGUCCGCCCCAAUCUGCUCCGAAUUUAUACGUUGUCCGCCACUCCUUCGAUGUCGAAUUUAUCCGUUGUCCGCCCUCCUCCGAUGCCGAAUUUAUCGUUGUCCGCCCUCCUCCUCCGAUACCGAAUUUAUCCAUUGUCCGCCCUCCUCCGAUGCCGAAUUUAUCCGUUGUCCGCCUCCUCCGAUGCCGAAUUUGUUGUCCGUUGUGCCCGCCCUCCUCCGAUGCCGAAUUUAUACGAUGUCCGCCCUCCUUCGUGCCGCCCGUUGUCCGCUCUCCUUCGAUGCCGGUUGUCCGAUGCCGGUCCGUUGUCCGCCCUCCUCCGAUGCCGAAUUCUAUACGUUGUCCGCCUCCUCCGAUGCCGAAUUUAUCCAUUGUCCCCUCCUCCGAUGCCGGGUGUCCGUUCUCCCGAUCCGUCCCCCUCCUCCGAUGUCCAAUUCGCCCUCCUCCGAUGCCGCUGAAUUUAUAUGUUGUCCGCCCUCCGAUGCCAUUAAUUUAUAUGUUGUCCGCCCUCCUUCGAUGCUGAAUUUAUAUGUUGUCCACCCUCCCUCCGAUGCUGAAUUUAUACGUUGGUCCGCCCUCCUCCGAUACCGACCAUUUAUGUUGUCCGCCUCCUUCGAUGUCGAAUCUAUCCGUUGUCCGCCCUCCGAUGACGAAUUUAUCCAUUGCUGUCCGCCUCCUCCGAUGCCGAAUUUACCGCUGUCCGCCCUCCUCCGAUGCCGAAAUUAUCCAUUGUCCACCUUCCUCCGGAUGCCGCCGAAUUUAUCCAUUGUCCGCCCUCCUCUGAUACCGAAUUUAUACGUUGUCCGCCUCCACCUAUGCCGAAUUUAUGUUGUCCGCCCGCCUGAUGCCCAAUUUAUCCAUUGUCCGCCCCUCCUCCGAUGCUGA